AUGACUCCAGCUACCAGAUCUCAAGUUAAAUCAAAUCCAGUACUUGACAAUGACUUAUUAGUUACACAACUCAAAGCUGUUAAGCGCAAGCCUAGAACAAAAAGUUCUAAAACCGAUCCACCAAAAACAAAAAAAAAAAAAAAAGAUACUUUAAGUGAUAAAGAUUCAGUUUUUCAAACAAACUCCAAAUCUGUUGAUUCAGUUGAAAGUUCUUCAUCCAUGGGCACUACGCCACCCUUUUCUUCUUUAUUCAUACCUUCUCCUUCAACUCCAGUCUCCAAUUCUGCUUCAAAAAAAAUAUUAAUUGAAAAACCCCAACUUCCUUUCUCAUCCAAUGUGUUACUACUUUCUUCAGGUAAUGAUAACACAGGCAACUACCCAACACCAUCCAGUAACAAAAACAAGCUCAAGACCUCAACUCCUUCCAAUAGUCACGCAGAUCCAAAUUUCCUAAAAGCUGAACAUACUACACCUUUACCAACCAAGCGAUAUGAAUACUAUGAAUGUCAAGUCAAAGUAAAACAGGAGAAAGGUGCCAAUGCCUCUACAAAUGAAAAUUCUACUAUCGAAUGUUUUGAUAAUGAUAAUGAUAAUGAUAAUGAUAAUGAUAAUGAUAAUGAUAAUGAUAAUGAUAAUGAUAAUGAUAAUGAUAAUGAUAAUUGUCAUUAUAAUAAUUAUGAUUCUGAUUCUGAUGUCAAUGCUGAUGUCAAUGCUGAUGCCAAUGCUGAUGUCAAUGCUGACAAAAUAGAUCCCUCGAUCACGUCAAAUAUCCCCCAGUUUCUCAACAAAUCACCGAAAAAAACUGUUUUCAUUGAAACUCACAUGGGUACACCUUUUCUUUCGGAACUCUCUGUACGCGACAUAGUAGAUAUUGUAGACAUUAAGCUUAAAAACUUCAGCAUUUUAUGGGUGUUUGCUGCAUGUGUUGUUAUUGAAAAAAAAAAAAAAAAGAGCAAUCUUGAAUUGUUUUUCAAUAAAAAGAGUAUCAUAUCAUCUGAAACCAAUCAUUCAUAUUUGUAUUUUUUCCCCUCUUUAAACCAUACAAAUGAUGAGUUCAAGAACUAUCUUGAAACGAAGUUUGAGCAAUCCUCUUGGCUCAAAUCUUUUCGGGCAGGAAAUGCUCAACAAGAAUUUGGAUUGUUUCUUCCAAUUAAUUACCAUGAUCACUGGUCUCUUGUUUUUGUUUUUUGCAGUCCAUCUGGUAAUUGUUUUCAAGUUUUUGUCCAUGAUUCGGUUCAUUUAUUCAAAGACGACUUUUUUAAAUUUUCGUCCCAAAAAACUCAGUUUUUUGAUUUAGACGUCUUCUUAUCAAACAUUGACAUACUUCGAAGCAAGAUAUUUAAGGAGAAUGAAAAUAUUACUGAAACUCAUGUUAUCUCACAACAUUUUUCUUUUGGAGAUUUGAAGUUUGUACCGCUACACUUACAAAAGGACAGCGACAGUUGUGGCAUUCAAAUGGCCUUGAAUGCUCAACGCAUAUGCUCAGCUUAUCUAUCAUCAUCUGGUGUAUUAAAUUGGCUAAAAUCUGAACCUUCAGUACAACAGCUUUAUGGUCAAGAUUUACGUGUUUUUCGUCGUGAGCUUGUCUAUGAGAUAAAUAUGGAAGACUUUCCUGUUAAUCCGUCUGGGAGAAGAAGAAGAAGGAGAACAUCCAAUCUUGACUAUUCUGAGAAUUUGACUUUAUCUAAUGAGUUUACUCAAGAUUUUUUAAAUACAUAUAACGAAGCUAUUGCAGCUCUUUUUGUUGAAAGAAAUGUUCUUUUAUUUUAUGAUCAACUGAACCAUCAAAAAAUAGGAACAAGGAAAAGAGAUAUUUAUGACAAUCUGGAAGAAUUGCCUGAUAAUUUUGAAUGCUUUUAUUGGGCCGAUCGAUUCAAAUUUCAAACGUUAUUAGUUAACUUUGAUUUUUUCAUGCUUUUUCCUAAUCUUUCAAAACGUUUUCAGCAGGGAAAACGUGACGAAUUAUCCAUGUGGAGAAAAAUUGUGGUAAAACAUCUUCAUAUUCCUUCUUACUUAUGGACUUACAAAUUUGUUCAAAAUCCCAAUAAACAGUCUUACCUUGCAAUGUAUGAUCAUUGUUUCAGCUUAAUGUCAGAUAAACUUUUUUCACAAUUUUUAGGAAAAGUUGAUGGCGUACAAAACUAUGAUCCUAUGUUGAUUAAAGAACUACUGAUUUCUCUUCCUAGAGGAUUUUCUGACAGAAGAAUUUCCAAUGAAGGACUACGUUAUCAACGUCAGCUUAAAAUCGAAAACGAAGAUUGUUUAGUAACAAGGCGUGGAGUGACUGAAGACAAUGUAAUGCGAAAAAUAACUAAGGGAAAGCCAGAUACUUUAAUUAUUAAACCAGAAGAGAUUUUACCAGAGCUAAAAAAAAUUACUCUACUAGGAAUGAAGAAAGAUGCCACAGAUACAUGGAAUAACCGUAUUUCUUCAGAUUUCAACAAAAAGUAUUAUUAUAUUUCUAAAGAGCUUGUACGUUAUAUCUUUUUGAACAGAAGUAACCAUAAAUAG